AUGCUCGGAUCAGAAUUGCGUUUGAAUAGCCCCUUUCACACUGGCACUCCUACCCAGGCCCUAGAUAACCGGGUCACAGUCCUGCCUGGUGUGGAAACCAAGUACGUGGGUCGGACCUGGGUUAACCCGGUCCCGGCAACCCACCUCAAGAUAAGUGACAGAAGUAAUCAUAGUGGUCACUGUGGCUUCCAUGGAAGCAUAAAAAAGUCCACCAGUGACUUUGUGGUGAUAGAAAUUAGUAUGAAUGGGCAAUUGGUAAAUGUGGACAAUUUGAAUGAAGUGCUUUGCCACCAAAUAUCUGAACACACCGAACCAUACCACCAGAAGCCAAACAAAAAGCCAAAGAUAUCAGCGGUUGUAGUAAAAGAUACAGAUUAUUCAUGCAGUAAAGAGGUGUUAGACAACCACAAUACUGACUUAGAUACAUUUCAAACUGCUAUUCUAUGUGAAGAGGCCCAAGAUCUCGACUUCAUUUUAGAUAGUUCAGUAAACGAAGCACUGGCACAGUUUGCCAUGUCAAUCAGGACGUGCCCACAUUCUGAACUAAGGGAAAAGCCAAAUCCCACACAUCUAUCUCUUGGCAUGUAUCCGGACAAAGACCAAAGAGCCAGUGUGCAUCGCGCGGUCAGGCAGAAGUACCCCUUUUUGAUGACCGUCACAAACCAAUGUGAGAUUCUUGUCAAAGAAGACUCCCACUAUAAAGAGCUUUCCCAGUUGGUUUCGGAGGAAGAAUCUGAAGACUUUUUCAGAUUUUUAGAUGUGAAAGCACCAAACUCAACAUUUACUUUUCAGCAUGACGACAACAAGGAGCACAGAAAAGCUGUUCAUCAUUUUCUUAGUAAACACUUUGGCAAGCUGGUGGAAACCAAAAGCUUUGUGGUGGAUAACAGCGGCAGUGGCCAACAGAACGCUGCCAUUACUGUAAGGUUUAGAGAAAAAAAGCAGCGGUCCAAGAAGAGGGAUGCUAUUGAUGCACAGGAUGAGGACAUCCAAUAUACAGCAUUCACACUGCAAAAAGAAAAUCUGGAAACCUUGGAAGCAAUAAGCUACUUGGCCUCAGCUCUGGGUGUUCUUCCAUCAGACUUCAGUUAUGCUGGCAUCAAAGACAAAAGGGCUAUCACAUACCAAACUAUGGUUGUGAAGAAAGUCUCACCAGAGAGGUUAAAGGAAGUGGCCCCUACGUUCCGAAAGAAAGCUAUGAACUUGUACAACAUGCGUCCUACAGAUCAGCCAGUUCGACUAGGACAGCUCAGAGGAAAUCACUUUGAUAUAGUUGUAAGAAACGUUAAGAAGCACAGUGCCGAUUCUUCUGCAGACCUGAAAGAUCUCGUGCAUGAAGCACUUGACAAUGUCAAGACUAAAGGAUUUGUGAACUACUAUGGGCCACAGAGAUUUGGCGUGGGACAGAAAGUUCAGGCUGACCAAAUAGGAUUGGCUCUGCUGAAGGAAGACAUGGUGAUGGCUGUCAAGCUGUUCUUUACACCAGAAGUGGAUGAUUCUGUUGACUGGGCAAAGAGGCAUUUUCUUCAAACUGAGGAUGCUAAAGAAACCCUUGCAUUGAUGCCUGAGUAUAAAGUGCGGGAGAGGAUGAUGCUGCGUGCAUUGAAUCGGUUUGGCGUAGGGCAAGAGGGCUGCACUCGAGGCUGGCUCAGUAUCCCACACAGCAUGCGCGUCUUUUACAUCCACGCGUACUGCAGCAGAAAAUGGAACGAAGCCGCUUCCUACAGACUUCAAACAUAUGGCCAGAAGGUGGUAAAGGGGGACCUAGUUUUCAGUAAGGAUGCCAAUGAAGAAAACUCUACGCUGAGUAGUCAGGUUCACAUUGUCACAGCCAAUGAAGAGGAAGAAAACAUUUACACACUAAAUCAAGUAGUUCUUCCAAUGCCUGGCAACAGCAUAACCUAUCCAGACAACAAAGUUGGAUACUGGUACAAAGAAACCUUGGCCAAAGAUGGGUUACAGGCCUGUAAAUUCCGAGUUCAUCCUCUGAAGCUAAAUAUACCUGGAUGCUAUCGACUGAUGCUGGCUUACCCGAACAACCUUACAUACAAGCUACAGCAUGACAGUGGAGUGCUUAAGAGUGAAGAAACUCCAGAGGAAAUCACAAAUAAGCAGAGUGAGAACCCCACUCCUUCCUCAUCUUGUCUGUCUUUGUCGUUUAAUCUUAACUCUUCUUGUUACGCCACAGUGUGCCUUCGGGAAAUCAUGAAAUGUGACCCCUAAAUGUAGAUGCAUGUCCUCCCCGACUGGUGUAUAGUAGAAUCGUUCUUACAAAGUAUGUUUUACAUAUAUCCAGAAAGCCAGUUUUACAAGUGUGAUGAGACUUGCUAAGAACAUUGUUUAGCACAAGUUAUUGAGAGUUAUUUGGGGAUAUAUAGAGUGCGCCCUUGUGUCACUCUUAUAUUUGUACAUACAUCUCAGAACCACUUAUUCAAAUGUCAUGAAACUGGAAAAGGACAUUAUCUUACACUUAUAUUUAAUGAUUUACAUUCUCUUUGAGAGUGACUGUUUUUGUUUUGUUUACGCAAAGGGACUUUUUUUAUUAACAACAUUUCUGUACAAAAGGAUCAGUGGCCCUUGUACGGAAAUGCAAUUCUUUAGUACAGAUACUUGAAGUGUAAUUUUAGUUGAUACACAAUUCCCUUAAUUAAAGUAGAUAUUUAAAAACAAAUGAAAAAAGCUUUUGUUUCUUAAAAUCUUUUUUUUUUCUACUUUACCAUGUUUAUACAAGUAUGAAAAUGAUUUACUACUUGGUAUUUUUGUAUAAUGUUUGGUUAACAAACCCUCUAGUUUAUUCUUUAAAUAAAUAAUUACAAGUG